UUUGUAAAUUGCGAUAACCAUAUUAAACCAUAUUGACAUAUGGGACCGUUCAUAAAAACAUUGACAUUUACCCCACCAUUCAAUUAAUAAUUAAAUAGAUAUUUUGAUGCGAGCAUCACUACUGGCUGGUAUCAUUAGUUGCUUGAACUUUGAUUGGAACGACUGUGCAUCACAUAACAAGAAUGUCUAUAACACAAGCUGCCAUAGACGAAUUAAGGAGUUCAUUCCUCAGUAAUCAAGGGAAAAUUGACUCAAAUGUCCAUCCUGCUGAUCUGGCUCGGGCCAAGAAUGAUGACAAUUGGCUCAAAAGGUUCUUGAUGCACCAUGAUGGAGAUCAACAAUUGGCUCUUAACAUGAUGUGGGAUGUCAUGGAGUGGAGGAAAACAUUUGGAACAAAUGAUAUCACUGAGUCAACAGUCAAAAUGGAUUACUUGGUGGAUGGUGGAUUUUUCUCUAGGGGUAGAGACAAAGAUGGUGCUGCAAUAUUUAUUUUCAAGUGCAAGAAGCACACCAAGGGAUCUAAAAACAGUGAUGAUCUCAAGAGAUUAGUUGUAUAUUGGAUUGAGCGCCUGGAAAGGCAGGAAAAAGGUCAACCAAUCACUUUGUUCUUUGACAUGGAGGGUUGUGGUCUUUCAAAUAUGGAUAUGGAAUUCACACAGUAUUUAAUUGGAUUGUUUAAGCUGUAUUACCCUUACUUUCUUAAUUAUAUUAUUAUUUUUGAAAUGGCUUGGAUCCUCAAUGCUGCAUUCAAAGUGAUAAAGUCGUUGUUACCGGAGAAAGCUGUCCAGAAAAUUAAGAUGCUGAAGAAGGCGGACAUCGAUUCGUAUGUGCCGUUGGAUCAAGCUCUGAAAUGUUGGGGCGGCCAAGAUGAUUACAUCUACAGUUUCGAGUCAGAGGUCAUCAAUGAAACCCCACCUCUCCAGCAUUCAACCACCAACAAAAAGGUUCAUUUUGCAGAUGGUUCUCGAGCAUCAACUGCUUCGGGAGACAAAGACGCUGAUGCCGAUCUGCGUAUUUCUCCUACGAGCAUCAUCAAUUUCGUUCUCGAUGGCGGUGAAUAUUCGAGCACAUUGGAACUUCAGAAUGUUUCUAAUCAGAAUUUAUCAUAUAAAAUGAAGACGACGGCUCCCGAAAAAUUCCGAGUAAAGCCUAGUGUUGGUGUGCUUUCGCCCGGUGAACGUGAGUCUGUGGUCGUUGCCAUUCAUCCCGCAUUCCAGUUAAACGGCUUCGCGAAAGACAAGUUUCUUGUGAUGUACGUGCCUGUAGACAAGCCUAACAUGCCAUAUCAAGAUAUUGUAGAUUUGUGGAAGAACAGCAGCAAUACGAAGGGAGCCAAGCAGCAUGUGCUUCGAAGCACUUUGGAUGGACCGGCGGAUGCUUCCAAGAGCGUCACCAACGGGCAAACUGCAUCUUCGUUGUCUCAAGGCAGCGGUAAGCAACAGCCGAUGGAACAGAAGCUACAAUCGGAUAUGUCGGCGUUGCUGAACGGCCAAAAGCAAAUGAAGAAGGACGUGAACCAGAUGCAGAUGUUGCUGUACAUUAUCAUCUGUAUGCUGGUUGUUGUGGGCUCGAUGCUCGUUUACGUCGUGAAACACAUGAACGACGGCAACGGAGAUCAGUUGGGCGCGAUUCCGGACCAAUCGCAGCUAUAACAAUACCUGUUGGAGGCGGGCCCGGAAGAAGCACGCCAGCCUUCGACGGACGGCAUCCUAGAGCACAUCCUCUGGGCACUGUUCUACAUCUUUUGCCUUCUCAAAGACACUUUCUCUAGGUGAACGUGCGCUUCUUGGACCUCAGCUUGAACGCAUAUUGACGUGCAUUUGGUUUUAUACACCGCCCUUAUAUUAUGUUUUUGUUUUCGUGUUUCAUCUUUAAAUAUGUAUAAUUUGAUAUCACAAAGUUUGAGUUAAAAAUGAGAGAGAGUGAGAGAGAGAAAAAUCAACAGAUAUUUUACAAAUUAUUGACAAACUUUGCCAAAUUUAUACAUACCUAAAACCAAACACACACUAAAUUAUUGCAAUAAUA